CACGAUUUUGCGGCACUGGUCAAAUUUAAAUGUCCCCUUUACUAUAUUUUAAAGUGCGUUUCCCAGCCGUAGACCCUCGUUCGGCAUUUUCCGAGUAUCUUUGAACGCCCCAGCAGCACCGCGCAUGAUGCUCAUCAAAGGCUGAUGGCAGAGACACGGCAAUCUUCAUUUCCAACACCACGACGUCCUUCUCGUCUAUUAACUGAACUCAAAACGCUCGCCUUCACAACGGUUGAUGGUUCAAGUCCAAUUUAUUAGUCUCCAAGGCCUUUUUUCCCCACCCUCGGGGUGGUUUUAGCGUCGCUACGGGUUUUGUGUCUUGUCACUUCCGGGGGUGCUUGGGAGUGAAUUAUUGGUAUCAUUAAUAUUUUACUGUUAUUGUUGUUGGUAAAACACCAUCUCGCCGGAGGACAAAGUAGUUGAGACUUGAUGCUUCGUGGUGGCAAGAUGGAUGAGUUUGUCACGGAGGAAGAGGAGCCCUGGUACGACCAACGUGACUUGGAGCAAGACUUGCACCUGGCAGCCGAGCUGGGUAAAACUCUCCUGGAGCGCAACAAGGAGCUGGAGGACUCCCUGCAGCAGAUGUACGUCAACAACGAGGAGCAAGUGCAGGAGAUCGAGUACCUGUCCAAGCAGCUGGAGAUGUUGCGAGACAUGAACGAGCAGCACGCCAAAGUCUACGAGCAGCUGGACGUGACCGCCAGAGAGUUGGAGAUCACUAAUGAGAAGCUGGUGCUGGAGAGCAAGGCCUCGCAGCAGAAAAUAGAUAGGUUGACGGGCACCAUGGAGACGUUGCAGGGUCAGGUGGACAGUCUGACCACACGAGUGGAGGAGCUGAGAACUUUAGAGGAGCUGAGGGUCCUCAGAGAGCGAAAAGAACGACGCAAGACAGUCCACUCCUUUCCUUGCCUUAAAGAACUGUGCACUGCACCAAGCUACGAGGACGGCUUCCUGCUGGCCAACCCGGGCAGCGUGGAUUUGGCCGAGCGACAGCCGGCCGAGGAGGAGAACGAGCGUCUGAGAGGCGUGGUCUCGUCUCUGCGCGCCGCCGUGUCCGCCGAGCGCUCCAAGCGCGAAGGAGCGGAGCGCGAGUGCGCCGCCGUGCUGCAGGAGUUUGUACGCUUGGAGGAGCGUCUCCUGGGCGCCGAGGGCUGCCAGCUGCGGGUUCGGGAGCUGGAGGCGGAGCUCCGUGAGAUGCAGCUGCUGAGGAAGUCCAGGGUGAGUCUGACGGAGGACGGCAUGGAGUCUCUGCUCGGCAACGGGCCGGAGACGGACACGCCCGACGAGGACGGCGCGGCGGCUUCGGAGGCGGUGGGCGAGGCGGGAGCGCCCGUGAGGAAAAGCUGCAGCGACACGGCUCUGAACGCCAUCAGCAUCCGCGACCCCCCGGGCAGGCGGCAGGCGGGACGCAAGCGAGGAAUGUCCAUCCUGAGCGAGGUGGACGAGCAGUACCACGCCCUGCUGGAGAAGUACGAGGAGCUGCUGGGCAAGUGUCGGCGCCACCAAGACGACCUUUGUCACGCCGAGGUGCAGACCUCCCGACCCGUGUCCAGGGACCCCUCCAUCAAGGACUACAGCCUGGCCGUGGCGGAGGAGGCGCGGGCCCCGCCCACUCCCCCUUACACCCCCUCCACGCCAGAAGCCCUGGAGGGCAUCAGCAGGCAGGUGGAGCAGGUGGACCAGCGCCUGGGGCAGAACACGCCUGAGUACAAGACCCUCUUCAAGGAGAUCUUCUCUCGCCUGCAGAAGACCAAGAGCGACAUCAACGCCGGCAAGAGCAGGAAGAGCCACAAGUGACCUUUGACCCCUGCCUCAAGGGGCCGUAAUCAAGUCGUCUUGUUUCAAGCCGAGAUGCAGAUUAUUACUCACAAACAUGGAGUGUCUGGAAAGGGGAUUUAACCCUCAGGGGAGUUAAAAAAAAAUCAUGAUUCAAGGACGGUUAUUUCAUGUAAAAUAAUAUUAACAAUAUUGUAAGGAUAAAAUAUUUGGGAUUUAUUUCCCCACUUUUUUUUUUUGCUCAGAUGUCUCAAACAUAAAUAAAACAUUCAAAUAAAAAUACCAACAAAAAUCCCUAACUUGUAAUAAUUAAUUUUAAGCUUUUGAAGGUCUUGUGAUCAAAUGUUGGUUUUCAGUACUUAUUAGUUUUAAAUGUUGUACUAUUAUGUUAGCAUACAUCGUUUUACUAAUUUAAACAUGCGACAUUAUUGAUCAAAAUGCUUUUUUAGAAGAUCAAAGUAAAUUAAAUAUAUAUUACAUGUGAUACUUUUAGGGAGUCAUUUUUUUUGAGAAAUCUGAACGAAAACGCCAAAAAGAAAAUUAUUUUAUGUCUUUUGAAAGCUGAAAUAAUUGUGUCCUGUUUGGCUUGAUAAUUAAAAUAUCCCCAGAGGGUUAAAUAAUCUUUUAAUCCUCCGCCUGUUCCUUAAUCACGCUGCAACAUAUCACCUCUUAUGAAUUGCCAAACUACUGUGCCGAAUCCCAUUUUCCCCCAGCAUGCAUUGCAGGACGACAGAACACACUGACGAAGAAAUAAUGCAUUAUUGUUAUGAAAGAGGAUUUGAACACUUUAUUUGUGAAUUACAUGUACCCAAAGCAGGCGAAAAGAUAGAAAUAGAUCUGCUGUCCUUGGAAGAAAAACACUAAGAAAAUAACUUUGACUUGCUGAUGUUCAGGAAAAGGAGGCGCAGCCAAUGUUUGGAAUGACCAUAUAAGGAACUUGCAACAGGAAGUCUAACGACAGUCCCGUUCCAGUGAGUUUGAAGGCCACACAGCAGCUGCCAAACACGCAGAUUUGUUAACCUUUAGGAGGUAAAGGUGACCUGAAUUCUAAAUCAUUUAGCAAAAAAUGAGCAGCAAGAAGCGCGCGCACGCACACGUACACACACACACACACACACACAAAGGCAGAGGAGGUGAUCUAAAAACAAAUUAAAUCAUAACUUUUUGGAUGACUGACACCAAAACAAAAUUGGACUUUUGUGCAGUUAUUUUUUCCAUUCUCAAUUUGCAGGUUUGAUACUUAGAAGAAAACAUGAAAGACAAAAGAAGGAAUGGCGAGGAAAAGGAAGGAGGUCAAUCUUUCCAGUCCUUCUUGAUGCUGAGGCUCCACUCCCAGGACAGAUGGUCGUGUUUGUCGUCGUCGGUGAACUUGGACUUGACGUUGUACGUGCCGCGCGCCAACAUGCCUUUGGGCGCCUCUUCUGCGCUGGUCAGGAACUCGUACUCCUCGCCGGGCUUGGGGCCGUAGCUGCCCACCAUGUAGUCGGACUUGUCCACUGGGGGAGGUCAAAGGUCAUUGAAGGUUGGUAUUGUCACGCCAAAUUUCU